AUGCUGCUUUCAGUCAAUAGGAAUCCUAAGUCUCUAUGGACCACCCGUCGUGGUGAUCCAAAGCGUGAUGCUCUUGCUGCCAAGGCUGCGGCGGGGACAACCCAGCCGGGGAUUGUCCUUGAAGGCUCUUCCGUAGUCAACGACGCCGUUGACUACGAAGACGGCGACGUGGAGAUGGAGGGGGGCGAGGCCUCUUCAAGCAAGAACAAGGAGUCUAUCAACAGCGAUAGUCUCGACCCGCAUGCCGGGUUGAGACGCCCUCGCGAGGAAGACGACUCGGACGCUUCGAGCUCGAAGCGUUCGCACGGCGAGAUCUGCGUCAACCGCGUGGGCAACACCGUGCCUCCAAAUGAAAUCCCGCUGUACGUAUGCAGCGUCAUCCACGACGAUGCUGUGGCGGAGGAACAGCACUUUGAUACGUUAACGAAUCAAAGGCGCGAUUACUACAUCGGGCUCUUCCAAGAGCGCCGGUACUUCUCCAACAAGAAGACUUCUUCUCGCAGCAAAGUGCCUGAGUGGCAGGCACUUUGUCAAAGUUGGAAUGCUUUUGUUGAGAACUUCAACAAGAAACCGGCCGCUUACCGCGAGCGGGUUAUGCAUGCCCGUGAACGCUUCGAGACGUUCUCGACGCGCGGGCGGCUGAACCAGCUCAACAGAUCCUCUGUGGACGCUGCGCGCUUGAGCGACCGCGACCUAAACGGGUACACGACGAUUCGUGUGCCUGCGAGUCUCAAGGAUCUCCGUGCCAAGUUCUUGGCACGCGAGGAACGCGACGAUCGUGGGACUUCGGGCGCUGCGGGUGACUACAGCGCUCGCACUACCUUCGCGCCGGCACGUGUUGAGCCGCGGGCGUCGCGGAUCGGAGGCGGCGGUGGUGGGAACUGA